UUUGUUGUUUAGCGAGGACUGUGGGUUUUUUUUUCUUCAUACCCUUUAGAGAAGAGCGUUUUACGCACAGGUGGGAGAUACCCGCUCAGCGUACUGUAGGACAGCCCCCCUUUCUGCUCCUCAGCGGUUGAUGUGAGGAAGUGACAUUUUUCACCGCUGCGGUUCGGGACAGCACUGCUCCUCUGCAAACAGGUGUGCUACUGUCCGGGUCACUUUUGCUGGGAAACCACGGGGAGGUAGCGUCCCAAAACCUGAACCGAGCCUCCUGGACGCGGGACAGCAAGCACCAGAGUCUUUUCUUUAUUAGCCUGGGCUGUUUUAACGGGUUCAGACAGAGAGGGAGAGAGGGAGCGAUGGCAACGAAAAAGGCGUGCGUGGAUGCGCCCAAAAGGAGCCGGAGUCCGGUCGUGUUGGAGGCGGAGAUGUUCAGCGAAUUUCAGGACUGGUGUCUCCGGACUUAUGGAGACUCCGGUAAAACAAAGACCGUCACCCGGCGAAAAUAUAAUAAAAUCAUGCAGACACUGUUACAGAACGACGAGUCGGAUGGCGUUUAUAUUGAUAACAGCCACAUCAACGCCAAAUUCAAAUUUUGGGUGAAGUCUAAAGGAUUUCAAGUCGGGACCAACGUUUUGGGAGAGCACAACAAGAAAGGAGCUCCAGGGAAACCCGUUCUAUAUGUCCCGGUCAAGUCAACGUGUUCAGAUGGGAAUUCAGCCCAAGACAACUCCUCCCUGAAGCGUGUAGCCGUGGUAGAAGACUUCUUUGACAUCAUCUAUGCCAUGCAUGUGGAGAUGGGCGCUGACCCUGGCAGAGCACCCAAACAUGCAGGCCAAAAGAAGACCUACAAAGCGAUAGCAGAGACCUACGCCUUCCUGCCCAGAGAGGCGGUGACUCGGUUCCUAAUGAGCUGUGGAGAGUGUCAGAAGAGGAUGCACAUCAACCCCAGCACUGCAGAGUUCAAAGAAAAUGACAGACCAACCUCACUGGUCCCGGACCUCAUUGAUUACAACAUGCCUCUUACUGCCACCUACCUGAAACAAAUGAAACUGCAGUGCAUGACUGCCACUGAAAGGGAUGACAGUUCGGUAAGCAGCGAGGACAUGAACAUCACUGAGCCCACAUGGGUCGCAGCUGAGCAGCCCCCAGUGCCUGAGCCCAGUCCACCUAAUGGAGAGAGAGUCUGCAACCCAGCAGCCACCGUUAAAGAAGAGGACGAUGACGACUCCUCAGAGAGCGGCAGUGCCAACGGGCUGCCGGCCCUGACCUCCCCGGAGCUGGCUGUGGGUGGUAACCCCCCAGAUGGUGGGGCCCCUUAUGGGGAGGUGACAGAGAAUGGUUUGAGUGUUCCCCUGGACUUCAGCACCACCUCGCCCUCGUCCUCCUUAGAGGAUCAGCAGCCGGUCAACCUGAGCGACAGACUGCUGACUUCAGGGAGUUCGCCGUUGAACUCUUACCCCGCAGACGCCAACAGGAAGUACCCCAUCAAAACAGAGUACAACAAGUCCCCUCCUUACAGCUCAGGAAGCUAUGACUCUGUGAAAACUGAACUGAGCAUGAGCGCAGAGGACUUGACCUCUGGUCGGGCACAGAUAAUUGACGAUGAUGAUGACGAUCAUGACGACCACGAUGACAGUGACAAGAUCAAUGACGCUGAGGGAAUGGACCCUGAGAGACUUAAAGCCUUCAAUAUGUUUGUGCGUCUGUUUGUGGAUGAGAAUCUGGACCGCAUGGUGCCCAUCUCCAAACAGCCCAAGGAGAAAAUCCAGGCCAUAAUCGAGUCCUGUAGCCGCCAGUUCCCAGAGUUCCAGGAGCGCUCCCGCAAGCGCAUCCGCACCUACCUCAAGUCCUGUCGCCGGAUGAAAAAAGGCGGUUUUGAGAUACGACCAACACCUCCUCACCUCACCUCUGCCAUGGCUGAGAACAUCCUCGCUGCUGCCUGUGACAGCGAAACCCGAAAUGCUGCCAAGCGGAUGAGGCUCGAUGUCUACCAACCGACGGAUGAGCCUGCCUCUGUUGACAAGCCCAACUCGAGGGACCCGGCCUCUGUGGCCCCAUCAGGGUUCUCCAUCUCCAGCGCAGCUUUUGCCCAAGACCAGCUCUACACCAAUGGAGGCCUAAACUACAAUCUGCGGGGAUACGGCAACCAGCAGAACUCUGGUGCUGCACAAACCAAUGGUCCCACAGAUCUGAGUAUGAAGUCCGUCGGCCCAAACUCUUCCUCCUCCAGCUCCAACAGUCACGGUCAGGGAGGUGGCGGUGGUGGAGCUUCAGCUCAGCUCAGCCCUCCUGAGGUCACAGCAGUGAGGCAGCUCAUUGCAGGAUACCGGGAGUCCGCCGCCUUCCUGCUCCGCUCAGCAGAUGAGCUGGAAAACCUGAUCCUGCAGCAGAACUGAGUCUGAUCCAAGACCUUCUCCUAGCCUGUCCAUCUCUGUCGCCCUCAGUCACACAUAUUUGGGCAGACUUGCAUACAAAGACGCAAACAUACAAAAGUGAUACUGCAGCGCACAGUGGGUCCUGUAGGUAUGGUACUUUUACUUAUUCCCACAUGUUUAUGUAUUUGGACGGGCCAGAACAUAUCACAGGCUGAAAAAUGUUUAUUUAUGCAUUUGGUUCACGCUGACCUUGGUGCCCUGUUAUCUGUAGCCAUUCAUCUCAUUCAGUUCAUUUUACCACUUCAACCUCCAUUCGUCUCAGGAAGCGAUGAUCUAUGUGGAAAAAAUGAUCUGCAUUGGUUUGCAGGGGAGUACCAGAGGUGUUAACCUUAAAUUAUCUGUGACCAUAGUGCCACAUCGGCUCAUUAGCACAGAUGUUUGGAUAAAUUCAUAGUGAAAUAGCAGUGAUUUAGUGUCAUUACCUUGUUUCUAUCUUUACACAAAUGUAAAAUAAGCUGUACAGUGGCAUGAUUCGAGUCAUUUCUAAACAGUAACUCUCUCCAAAUUCAUUUCUGGUUCAUGGAAAUUUGGAGCAUUGCUUUCUGGUAGUCUGUUAGUAGAUGAAUCGCUGCUAAAUCCACUGACCUGUUAACCUCAACAGCUACUAAAGGACGUGCUGACUUUGAUAUACGCAAAAAAAGGUAGAGAAAGGAAAAACAGGACGGUGUUUGACAGUUUCCACCUGUAAAUUUUUGACCAACAGAUCCAUCAAGUCUAACUUCAGUCGAACCUAUACCUCGGUCCUGCUCUGUCGGAGUGGUUUUCCAGAUUCUUAGGCAUGUGGUUACGAAGAAACCAAGACUCAUUACCCGACGUGAAUUUAUUUUCAGUUAUUUUAUUAUGAAUAUUUCUGGGCAAUUUCUCAUUUCUUAAAAAAGGAAGGAGGCUUUUAAGAAGCAUGGGUAUGCAAAUUGAGGUCACAGACACCUGUCAGGGAAAAAAGGAGAUUAAUAUAUUGUUUAAACUCUUGGUUUUAUAACCAGUGCUACUGGAAAUGUGGAAAAAGGUGCAAUAUCAAAGAUAAUCAGUAAAAGUGUGCUUACUGAAAUGACCUUGUCAGGAUUGUUGAAGCAUUUUAAGGCAACAAGGGGAGCACUUUACCACAUCUCCUCUUGCUGUAACUGUCAAGUUGUAAAAAGAAAUGAUAUCCCAUGCAGCAUUGUAGCCAAUUUCAAUGUUGUUGUUUGUUGUGAAUACUGAUCUUUAUCGCUAACCUCAUAACCGAGGCACUUUCAUCCAUAGUGAUAAAAGGAAAUGGGACCUGGCAGAAAAAUGAGACUUAAUGUUGCACGUCUUUUUUUUUUUUUACUUUUAAAGUGGUUAUAGGGUCUUUUUGUGAAGGAAUUGUCCUGUGAGUAUUUUUUAAGUUAAAAUCGGGCACAUUGAGCUCACAUGCAUUCAUUACUGGCUGUGAAUGCAGUGGUUUCACCUUAGCAUCCAUAUGGCUUUACUGGAUGCAAUGUGAGUGUGUGAAGGCUGCUCAGCCAAAACAGACUCCAUCCGUCCGUCCGUCUGUAUCCCCCCCCCUCUGACCUCUGCUGUGUCAAAUCCUCUCUCCCAUCUCCACUCAUGAUUAUUAUGUCUGAAAACACACUGUUUGAAAAGAAGCAAGAGACAAUCUUUUGAAAAAGAUGUAAUCACAUCACAGUUUACUCUCCCAGCUUUCUGCUAUGGUGUGUGUGUGCGUGUGCGUGCGUGUGUGUGCGUGUGUGUGCAUGUGUGUGUGGUCUGAGGGCACACAAGAGUUCUCAAAGCAGAUUUAGAGCACAGUCUCAUAACAGAGAUUUUUGAUGGUGAGUCACUCAGCACAAAAAAACAGUCGUGUAAGUGUGUGUAUGUGGUGUUUUUUUUAAUUUAACGUAAGUGUUUGUAUUGACGGUGUGUUGAUUUUCUGUUUGUGUAUAAGUGGAGUGACCUAGUUUGUACAACAUCAAUCUGUGAAGGUAUUAAUUCAGUAGGCUGACACAUUCCAAACAAGGACAAUGACUCUUCAAGCAGCCAUAAGUGGCUCGCACCUUAUUGAUUUGUCAAAGUUUAGAGAGAUAUAUUUCUGUAUUUAUCACAAAUCUAUCAAAUGUAUCAGUUAUUUAUCAUGAAUCAGUCUAUUUCAGCAUCAUUCAUAAAUUUUGCACCAUCACUAGGCCAGUUUAGGGUUGGAUUUACAUACUAAAUCAUUCAUUUUACAUUUUUAUUACCAUUUCAUGAUUGGGCUGCAUUACACUUACAUUUAAAUUCUAUUAUCUAUUGCAAGUUUGGAAGCACUUUAUAGCUCAGGAUUAAAGUAACAUAACACAGUGAUUUGAGUGUGUCUUUACCUCAUUUGGAAUAUCGGCUUCAGUUCAAACAUAUUAGGAACUGAUUAUAACAGACAGUUUGACGCGACUCAGUCAGAAGCAGCUUUCGGUCUGCUUUAUUGAUUAAAAAAGCAAACAGCUCCUUUUUUGAAAACCAUAUUGGAGCUCAGUUUGAACUAAUCAGUUUGCAAGGUCUAUCUGAGGGGUGUUUUAAAAAAGGAGGCUCAUAAAAGAACCAAACCAGGACGAAUCUGUUUCAUAAAGCUGGUUUUGAGGUAAUGUGAGCAGUCAAAGUUGAGUCUGGUUUAUUUCAUGACUUUGCAAGCAUAUUGAUCGCAUCAAUUCACAGUGAAGAAAAAGGACAUGUGAACACAAAACCACAAUGUUUGCAGCCACAAAGCAACACAAAAAAUAAAAAUAUAAUAUGGAGGGAAAUAUAUUAUAGCAGAAGCUUUUGCUUUAGACUGCAUGUUGUAGGUCAGCAAUGACAUAAGAUGAACUCAAAUCAGCUAGUACGUCUCUGUCAGCUGUGUCUUUUGCUGUGGGUUAAAAUCCUGCAAAACUGACAUGAACUUUAUUCAUAUAAUUAGAGCUGAAAAUAAACAAAAUAUAAAAAAAUGAUGUAUAAGAAGCAACAUACUAUUAAACAGCUCUAACGCAUUAAAUAGGACCCCCAGCCAGGUAGAUAACUUUAUAAAACAUUUUUAAAGCUUAAACUUAAAGCAGCUACAAUACAUUGUUUUAAUGACAAAAAUGCAUCAAAUGACAAUGUGACAAUAUGAAAGGGGUUGUUGAUGAACCUAUAGAGACUUGUCACCUGAAUCUGCAGCUCUCCUCGGCUCAUUGUUUAGCUGUCUGGUCACAACUAUAUUGUUUUGAGUCACUCUCACUGCUCUCAAGCUUUAAAAACCCACUAUACACUAGCUGCUCUGCACCAAACAGCAGAUAGACAGAGUUAGCUCCUGAACAUAGGGGAGAAUUUAGCAGCUAAAGAGAAAGAUAUUUCCUUUGGGAAUUGGUGGAGACCAAAAACAGACUUACUUAGGUUAUUUAUUAGCUUACUUAGUUUUUACAAGGGACACACUCGUCUCCAUAUGGUUAAAUAAAUGAAUUUCUGGCGCUUUAAUUUUGCUUUGUGACGUUUAAAGACAGGGGGAAAAGUGAAAAUGUUUCUUACUAUGAGGCUACAUCAAUUGGCCCGCCAAUCAGCUUUAACUAAAUUGCAGUGCACAUGGCACAUAUGUUGACUCAGAUUUUAAGUGCAUUCCCAUGUUAAUGUGUGAGCUAAAUUACAUGUGUAGCUAAGCUAAGUUAAGUCAGACUUAUUUAAACUUCCUUUAUGAAACAGAAUUUCCUAAAUUACUGAAUGAAAUAAACCUGGUUUUAACUGGUAAUCGUGCUUUAUGAAACACCCCUCUGGGCUAAAACAGACGUAAUCAUAGAUGUACGUGGGACCUGAGUCCUCACACAUGUCUUCCUUGUCUCCUCCAACCUGCUCGUUUGUUACUGUAGCCAUAGCAGAUCCUCUCCUCACAUCAUGUCUAACUCAGUGAUGCCACGUUGAUCUUGUCUCAUUUUCACAACCAAACGUUCGCUUGCAGAUUUGUAAAUGUGUCUUAAAGUCGACGCUGAGCAACAUUUUAGCUGUGUGCUGGAGUUACUGUGAUCAACGACAGCCACGUGUUGUCAUGUUGUUUUUGUUUUUAUUUUUCUAAUAAUGCCCAAUGGAUUUUCUCUUUGUAUUGACUGGACAAUGUAAUCUAUUGGUGUUGAUUAAAAAUGCCCUGGUAGCUUGUGGAUUGCUAAAGUGGUCAGAUAAAUGUACUGUAUAGCUGUACAAAGAGUGAUAAAAGAUGUUUUAAAACUUUCUUUUUUCUGUGGGUACAGCACUGUUUAAAAAAAAUCAAAGUGGUUUAGCCCUUGCCUGUUUUAACUUAUCAUUUGAUGGUGGUCUGUAUUACUUCUAUUGUUAUUUAUAUUAUUUCAAUUGUUGCCUCUCCUGCACUGAUAAGAGACUGUAGCUCUGUGUAGGGGGUUGUACUGUAAACCUGUGUGAAGCUUUGUAUUUUUUCCCUCUGGUUUUGGACUCAGUGAAAGUGUGAUGUUUACAUGUACAGUUUUUCUGAAUACUUUUGUUUUGUGUUUUAUUCAGGCUAUUUUUUUUCUUCUUCUCCUCACCUAAACCCCUAAUCUGUGUACAUUUGCCCCGAUAUUUUCCUUUUGUCGUUUCAUUGCAUCAAGUGCAGAUGUGACCGCUUUGACUACUUGGUCACAUGGUCGGAGUGUGCUGGUUGUGGUCGGCUCAGUGUUGUGGUGGCUUCCAGCAUUUUAAAAAGUAAUCUUAAGUAAAAAAGGGAGCUUCACAACUUCUCAAAGUGGACCAGCAAAGAUUUAUUAAGGAUCAAGAUGACUUUAAUCAACUAUUUUAGAACACUAUUGUGGCCUAAAUGAAGAUCGGUGGGGUGUAGGUACAUUUAUUCUACUACAUUAAGUGCUCAGAAUCUUUUAAUAUCCCGGCUGUAUUGUCAGAGAAUACUCCUUGUCCUUAACCGACUAGUACCCUGAAAGGUACACUUUGACCUGUUGUAAUAUCUCCUCGGUAACACAAAAGCCAUUCCCCUCUCCUGGCCUUUUAAGGGGAACCCAUAAACCUCAGGAAAUACUGAAUCUCCAAGUUUAGUUUUUAUCCACUGAUUUCUUCUGAAAUGAGAUUUAAGUCUCUUAACAAAAACCAUUAGCAUUUAUAUGAGAUGUCUAUUGUUUUGUACAUUUAUCAUUGUGAUUUAAAAGUGGAGCUUUUUCCAGUACCUGUGACUUAAUAUUUUGAUUUUUUUGGAGUGUUUAUAGGUAUGAUAUUUAUUAUUAUAUGUGAAACUACAAAAAGACAAAAGAAAAGGUUUAACCUGUUUCAUUUGUAUGUUUCAUGCAAAACUGUCCAGGUGAGAUUCUCUCUGCCUCUUACAUAUCACUAAUGAGGGACCUGUGUUUGUUUGGAAAAUAGCGCUUUUUCAGUGUUGCAUCAACGCUAUGAAAAAAAAAACAAAACAACAAAACAACAGUGGUUUACCAACAGCAGAGUUGCAAAGCUCUCCUCUUCUCCUGAGAUGUCAGUAAUUAAAUAAAAUAGU